UAAUAUUCAUUCACUAUGACUUCGAUGUCUUGCAGCAGUUGGAACGCGUGGUCUUGGAUCAGCUGUGAGCAGGUAAACACGCCUCGGCCUCGCCUGCCUCUUUAUUUCGCUCCCAGCCUUCGAACCAUCAUGGCGUGGAGGUCUCAUGGCAAGGAUAAUGCUGACAUGGUCAGACAUUUGAAAGCUAACCAGAUCAUCCGGUCACAAGAGGUGGAGCGAGUGAUGCUGCGUGUGGACCGAGGUUUAUACAGCAAGCACAAUCCAUAUAUGGACUCGCCACAAGGCAUUGGAUAUGGUGUUACAAUCAGUGCGCCUCAUAUGCAUGCUCAUGCACUGGAGCUUCUGAGUGCACACCUACAGAAAGGUAACCGUGCCCUGGAUGUUGGCUCUGGAAGUGGGUAUCUGACUGCCUGUAUGGGUCACAUGGUUGGUGAAACUGGCAAAGCUGUAGGUAUUGACCAUAUACCAGAGCUUGUCAAAUUUGCUCAAGACAACAUUCAGAAGGAUAGUCCAGACCUCCUGUCAUCAGGCACAAUAAAACUUGUUGUUGGUGAUGGUCGACUAGGACAUAAGGAAGAAGCACCUUACAAUGCUAUUCAUGUUGGGGCUGCAGCUCCAACACUGCCUCAAGCACUCGUUGAUCAACUUGCCCCAGGUGGAAGGCUUAUUAUACCAGUUGGCCCAGAAGGAGCAAACCAGAACCUAGAACAGAUUGAUAAAUUACCCGAUGGGAGCAUAAAACGACAAGUGCUCAUGGGCGUCAUCUAUGUCCCUCUCACUGACAAGGAUCAUCAGUGGCCUGGAAGGUGGAGAUACUAACCUCCGAGGACCGUAGGUGUGGCAGGAGUGUACAUCGCACAAUUUGUCUCCCCCUACAGACGGGAGCUGUGAGUUACGCCAGCUGAAUCAUAAUUCCUCGCAGGUGCUGCUCCCUACUUUAGUUGCCACCUCUGCCUGCAUCUCCGCCACAGCCCACCCCACCAUGCCUCCGCCCGCACCUCCGCCUUGUUAUGCUGCCUCCCAUCCACUACCUGGUCUUCAUCCAUUAAUUGCCACUGAAAUGCCAAUAUCAGGAAACAGGACAUGUGACACAGUGAGUUGCUCUGCUUUGAGAACUGAAUGUAAUAUCUCAUAUAAUCAAGAAGUAAAUACAUGAAGUCUGUUCUCUAUUUAGUGAUAGAUAUUGUGCCAUCACAAUUUUGCAAGACAGCACAAUCCUCUUAGUAAGUGUUCUUUUCUGUAACAUUAUUCAGCUGAAUUAAUGGCACUGAAAGGAUGUUACCAGUUAUACCUAUAUAGUAGUCAUCAUUGCUGUAUCAUAAGAAAAUAUAACAAAAGAAUAUGUAUGUUGUAAGCUUAAAACUGCUCGCUGAUAGAAGUAUUUUGUUUAAGAACUAUUAGAGCUACUGUAUAGCUAUUUGGAUUCCUCUAAGAACUGCAUUGAGAACACUCUGUGCUGUAUGAUAUGUGUUGCAUGGAAGGUCCAGCUGGCAAAGAAGUGUGGACAAGAAGGGGGCCAGUUGUGGGAAGCUCAGGCAGCUGCAGUCUUUUUGGUCUUGUACUUUGGUAUGUUAUGAUGGCAAAUCAGCCAUAAUACUUACAAAUGUAUGAAACAGAAUCACUAAUAAUUUUGUUGUUCAUCUCAGCAAAAAUAAUCAGAAUUUUUGCUGUUGUAUAAUCACAGAUAUACAAUAUUUUGUGAUCAGUGUUUUGUAACAUCAUAUUUGGCUACUGAAAUUAUUUUAUUCAGUCCACUCCUACAAGAUGUGUUCUUGUUAAGAUGAGUUCCACUUUAGGCCCGUUUGUUACAGACAAAUAAAAUAUGAACGAUCAGCAAAUAUUGCUGCUUUACAGCAAUUAAUAUAUUCUGCUCUUGAUGAAAGAAUAUGAAUGUCCUUGCCUACUUAUAGUUAUGCUUUUUAUAGAAGCUCAUAAAUGAUCACAUUAUAAGCAUUGCACUUUACACAUAACUGGGUCCAUUAAACUGGCAUCCAUAAGACACCAUGAAUAUGGAGUAGGAAAGCCUUGCAAUAAUACAUUUGCAAAGAAAAAAAGUAGAACUUUGAGCAACAAUUAGUUAAGCCCUUUAGUGGAACAAACUUUGGUUGCUUAGACACAGCUUUCUCAGACGAUAAGCAUAUCUCCUUGAGUGUUAGUGCAGACUUUGCAAGAUAUAUCUAUAAGUGUUUGGAGAACAGAAUUGGAACGAAUGAGAAAUCUCUAUUUUUUAUGAUCUGUAAUACUAAAGUAAUUAUAAGUGAUUUUUUUUUUAUACAUAUGGAAUGACUUACCAGUGGAUAAACAAAUUGUUUUGGUUUGUGGUUCCUCCAUCUCAUAUUUAAAAAUGGAAGGAGUACCUAGAUUCAUUUAUAUAAAUUUUACAUAAAUCUUUGUCCCAUAUUUGUUGUGAUUCAUGGAAAAAUAUAACUAGUGAUGAUGACAAAUUGAAGGUUAUAUUUAUGAUAAAUACUUGAAUGGGUCAUUUAGAGAACAGAAUGUAGGAAAAGACUGACUUGCUACCACACUGAUAGUAAAGACAUGCACAACAUCAGUAUAUUGCAUAAUUACUUACUUUCUGUGGCACUUUUUUGUUGUUUCUGCAUUAAUCUUGAGUUUAAAGCUCUAUGAAAUGUAUUCAGAAUUAUGAGCUACGUGAUGAGGCGAGUUGUGUAUUUACAGGUUUCUGUUUCAAUUCUUCCUCGUGUUUACUUGUAAUGGUUGCUUAUACAGUUACCCUAAAACUAGUUAAACAAAUGUGAAAGAAUAUCACUGUCACAGCUUGGUUUGGGGCUUUUAAAGUAAGUACCUUUUGCAGAUUUUGAAAUGUCAAAAAUUCCCAUGAAACCAGAUACACUAAAAGUUACUAAGAUAAUACUCUUCAAGUUUAUUAAAAGGUUUGGUACUUUUUAUUUAUACUUAUUUUUUACUUUUUAUUUUUACAAAUACUAUGAUUGUAUUUAUUUUGCCUCUGUGAUAUAUUACCAGUAUUAUGUCUAGCCCUAUUGUUCUUUGCAGUUUGAAAUACAAAUUUGAACUUGGAAGUAUGUAGUUUGUACCCAUUUUCCAAAAUUGGCAUCUGGUAACGUUUUUUGUUGCAAAAUAAUGAGCAAUAAAAGAAAAUGUUUGCCUAAAUACACUUUUGUAUUAUUAAUGAUACUGUUUUAUGUUGUGGAUAUCAUGUAAUUGUAAGUUAGGGACAUUUUAGGGCAAGAUGUGGCAAGAAAUCACAAUUAAUAAAUAAUAAUUUAUUAAAUUUCAAGAUAUGUUAUAUUGACAUUAAUUGGUAUAUGCUAACUGUCUUAGUGGAGAAUCUGUAUUUUUCAUACAAUCAUGAAAAUAUUAAAGGCACUGUAUAUGAUAGGACAUUGAUUAUACUCAAGUCAAAAUGUAUGGAACAGGUACUACAAAGAAUAAAAAGCAACAACAAG